AUGAGCUUGAACAAGUACGCCAACCUGCCAGACAUUGAUACAGCUCCGGAUGUCUAUGAGACAGAAGAUGUAGUCGACUCAGGAGAGGGAAACGACUCCUCCGACCACGACGACGAGGGCGCACAGAACCGGGGGAAUAAGAGACACGGCGACCCGAAUGCUCCCAGGGAAGAGCUGGAUUCGAGCCAUUUGAUGAGCCAUGACGAGGCAAGCAAGCGGUUCAGGAAAGCCGAGAAACGACGAGCGCAGAUGCGUACUGAGUAUGCUUACCCCCCAUCCUCAACGUCUCCUGUGGACGAAACCAGUUCCUCUUCCAAACCUGUCCCUUUGUCAUAUCGUCUGCGCGCGCUGCAAGCGGAGCUGGCUGCUCUUGAAGAAGAGCUUUCAGACCCUACAAAUCCGCAGCUGCACAAAGAGCGUGUAGAAGAUCAUGUUGAUCCUGGCGUCCUUAUACGCGGUCUAGUUGAUGUGCGAGGGCGACUGGAAAAGAUUAGAAAGGGCAAAGAAGGUCGUGGCAAACUGGUUCAGGUAGUGCUGGGGGCAGACAGUGCCCGCGAGAACGAGGACGAAGAAUCUAAAGCACCUGGCGAUUCUACUACGCAGGCUAGUCCAAGCAAGUCAGAAACUCAGUCUACAUCCGUGGCAGAUAUGGAUAAGCGUCUGGGGGAUUUGGAGAAGAUGCUAGGGUCAUCGAAUAUUGCUAUAGACGAGGCUUCUACGAUGCCUCCUCCGUUGCUAUCUUCUGUCGCGCGCCUUAAUGCUCAGUUAACCAUCCUCACGCAACCCAGACAUAUCGACUCCGUGUCACGACGGCUAAAGCUCUUGCUUUCGGACCUUGACCGCGCGUCUGCCUCCCAACAACACGGGCAUCGGCGGAAUCCCUCGCAGCCAUCAGCAAGUGGUUCAUUACCUAACAUCCAAGAACAACUCCUCCCUUUAUUAAGCCGCCUCAGUCCUCUGUUACCUCAGAUACCCCACAUCCUUACGCGUUUGCGGACACUGUCGUCGCUCCACACGUCUGCCGGAGAGUUCCAAAGUAUGUUAAGCAGCUUGGAGACUGACCAGCAAGGGAUGCACAAAUCUCUGGAUGACCUAGAAGAGGCUAUGAAGACGGUGGAGAAAAGUUUGGAGGCAAACCAGAAAGUGGUCAGAGGUAACGUGGCUGGGUUGGAAGAACGGGUUGAUAGCUUGAUGGGACGUUUGGAGGAGCUUGGUCGUGACUCUCCUGUCUGUGAACGAGGCGUGCCAGAGUCAGAUAUAAACAGGCAUCUGGAUAAUGCGUGCAAUGGCAACGACUCUGUAAAACCAGAGCCUAAGCCGUCUACAAGCGGCGCUGCUUCCAGCUCACAAAGAGCUAGUAAAAAGGAAGCAUUAGCCCCGAUCUUCGCGAAGCCCAGCAGGAGAGCGGAGGGGGUGUCCUCGCCCUCGCAGGCGCGUCAAAUACCUUUGAAGCGCAGUGCGGUGGACGAGGGCACACCCAUAUCCAUGUCGAUGAAAAGGAAAAGGAAUCAGGCUAAACUUGAUGCUGUGCCGCUCGCGGAGCGAUUGCGGCCUAAGAAGCUGGUUGAUUUUGUAGGCCAAGCACACCUUACAGGUCCUGACAGUCUCCUUCAAAAGGCGGUCUCCAACGGCUCUGUGGGGAGUAUCAUCCUAUGGGGUCCUCCUGGGUGUGGGAAGACUACGCUAGCAAGACUGAUUGCUGGCGAAACAAAUUCGAUAUUGAAAGAGUUAAGUGCGACGGUGGUCGGAAUCAAUGAUAUCCGACAGACAUUUGAAGAAGCCAAAGGUACCAUGGCGCUAACCGGACGGCGGACGAUAAUCUUCUUGGAUGAGGUGCAUCGGUUCACCAGGUCUCAGCAGGAUAUAUUUCUUCCCUCCAUCGAGAAGGGCGAGGUCCAGUUGAUCGGUGCCACUACUGAGAAUCCUUCUUUCAAAUUGAACUCUGCUCUAUUGAACUGCAGGGUGUUUACUCUCAAUCCACUAUCAACCGACGAUAUGAAGCAAAUCCUACACAAUGCCGUGGCACGAAUCUGCGAGGAAGCGGAGGACGUCUCGGAACCUAUAGGCACAACCGCACAUCCACAACUCACAGAAAAAGUCAUGGAUACCAUUGCCUCCUUAUCCAACGGUGAUGCUCGCACGGCGCUUUCGCUUUUAGAGCUGGCUGUAUUGUCGAAGGACAUGAAAGAGAGACAGUUACUCAAUCAUCUACGCGUCUCUGUGUCCAUCUCCUACGAUCGAACAGGAGAAAGUCACUAUGAUAUGAUCUCGGCCCUUCAUAAGUCGAUACGAGGGAGUCAAGGAAGCGCAGCCCUGUACUGGUUAGCCCGCAUGCUAACUGGAGGCGAGGAUCCAGUAUUUAUUGCGAGGAGACUUGUGGUCUGCGCUAGCGAAGAUGUUGGCUUAGCGGACAACCACGCCUUACCCUUGGCCGUGGCAACGAUGCAAGCGUGUCAGCUUGUGGGAAUGCCGGAGUGUCGUAUCAAUCUCGCGCAUUGCGUGUCCUAUUUAUCUGAAGCCCCAAAAUCGACGCGGUCUUACCGAGGUUACAACCGAGCAGAGGCAGCUGCCAAGAACGAUCCCACUGACCCUGUCCCGAUGGCAGUUAGAAACGCUCCCACAUCUUUAAUGAAAGACCUCGGCUAUGGGGAUGGAUAUCAUUACAACCCGGACUUCGCGCACCCCGUCUACAAUGAAUAUCUACCGCCUAAAUUACGCGAUGAGGUCUUCUUAAAGCAGGCAGGUGAUGAAUCAGAUAAGACCUGGGAUGAAGACGCUCUGAGACAAUGGGAGACUGAGAUGAACGGUGGCGAGCUUUGGGAUGGCCGCGACGAUAAGAAUGCAGUGUAG